AUGGAGCCCUCCCUGCCCGCACCCUGGGGCUGGAACGGCUCUAGGGGGGCUCGGGGGCUGCAGCCCAGCCCCAGCCCCAUGCCCCCCAACGGCACGGCCGACGCCAAACCUAAAGACGUGGCCUCCAAAUCGGUUGGGCUCUUCUUCAUGCUGCUGCUGGACCUGGUGGCCAUCGUGGGCAACGCGGCCGUCAUGACCGUGAUCGUCAAGACCCCGGCGCUGCGCAAGUUCGUCUUCGUCUUCCACCUCUGCCUGGUGGACUUUUUGGCCGCCCUCACCCUGAUGCCGCUGGAGAUGCUCUCGGGCUCGGCCGUUUUCGAGAGCCCGGUGCUGGGCGAGGCCCUGUGCCGGGUCUACCUGUUCCUCAGCGUCUGCUUCAUCAGCAUGUGCAUCCUCUCCAUCUCCACCAUCAACGUGGAGCGCUACUACUACGUGGUGCACCCCAUGCGCUACGAGGUGAGGAUGACGGUGGGGCUGGUGGCCUGCGUCCUGGUGGGCGUCUGGCUCAAAGCCGUGGCCACCUCCCUCGUCCCCGUCUUGGGUUGGUUGUCCCCCGACCACCACCGCCCCCCGCCGCCGCCGGCGCCUCCCGCCGGCCGAGGUUGCUCCUUGCAAUGGAGCCGCGGUCCUUACUGCAAGUUCUUCGUGGUCUUUUUCGCCGCCUUUUACUUCCUCCUGCCCCUCCUCAUCAUCGUGGUGGUCUACUGCAGCAUGUUCAAGGUGGCGCGGGUGGCCGCCAUGCACCACGGGCCGCUGCCCACCUGGAUGGAGACCCCGCGGCGGCGCCGCUCCGAGUCGCUCAGCAGCCGCUCCACCAUGGUCACCACCUCGGGAGCUCCCCGGACCACCCCGCAGAGGACGUUCGGAGGGGGCAAAGCCGCCGCCAUCCUCUUAGCCGUGGGGGGCCAAUUCCUCUUCUGCUGGUUGCCCUACUUCUCCUUCCACCUCUACACCGCCCUCAGCUCCCAGCCCUUGGUGGGGCCGGCGGCUGAGACCGUGGUCACUUGGCUCGGUUACUUCUGCUUUACCUCCAACCCUUUCUUCUACGGGUGCCUCAACCGGCAGAUCCGGGCCGAGCUGGGCCGGCUCCUGACCUGUUUCUUCAAGCAGCCGCCCGAGGAGGACCUGCGGCUGCCCAGCCGGGAGGGUUCCAUCGAGGAGAACUUCCUGCAGUUCCUGCAGGGCACUGGUUGCCCGCCCGAGCCCCGCCCCCGCACCCCUAGCCCCAAGCGGGACCAGCCCCCCAUCGAUUUUCGCAUCCCGGGGCAGAUCGAUGAGGACGCGGUGGAGGGCUCGGAGCAACGCGAUGGGGAUGGGCUCUGUGUGCCCGUGGGGGCCUCUCCCAAACCUGAGCUGUAG